UGCAAUAGGUGCAUUCUUCAACACUGGUCAAAGACGAACUGUUCUCGGUCUCUGCUUUUGGCCUGAUUUCCUUUGAAACGCAGUCUAAAUAGGAGGAAAAGCUGGACCCAACUAACUGGACAGGAAGUAAACGCAAAGCAAAGGAAAAUGCCGGACAAUGAGGCAAUGACACUUCCCGGAGAAGGUUGCCAAUCAUCCUACGUCAGUUUAGAUGAGCUGCAGGCGGCGGGAAGAAUAGCUGGAUCCAGCGGACCAUCGGGCAAAAGGGGCAAGGAGAAAAAAGGCAAGCCCAGUGGCCAGUUAGUGCACUUAAAGCUGAACAACAAGACCCAUUUGCCUCUCAAGGUCACGGCCAUUCCGCCUGAAGCAGCUCCUUGGGACACCUUCUCCCCAGUGGCCGGGCGUACACGCAGAGCCGCAGUGAAACCCAAAUUUGUGGAGAACAGGGUCACCACUCAGGCCAUUCCUGAAGCAGCCGAUGGUAAGAAACCGAGGACGGCUCCUUGGGAUACCUUCUCCCCGGUGGCCGGUCGUACUCGCAGAGCCGCAGUGAAACCCAAAUUUGUGGAGAACAGGGUCACCACUCAGGCCAUUCCUGAAGCAGGCGAUGGUAAGAAACCGAGGACGGCUCCUUGGGAUACCUUCUCCCCGGUGGCCGGUCGUACACGCAGAGCCGCAGUGAAACCCAAAACUGUGGAGAAACCGCAGCCAAUUGAAUCACCCGCUUUACCCAAACUGGUGGGGUCCAAGCUAAAACAGCUGAAUGUUAAGCAGAGUGAUAUGGAGAACGCUAUCCCGGGGAAGAAAAGUUCGCAGGAAAGCGGAGCAACCAGGAAACUCGAUUGCGCAGCAAGUUUGAUGGCUAGUUGGAGCACCAAUGAGGCAGACCGCUUGCGGAAAAAGUUUGGUUGGAUAUAACCAUAGCUUCUCAUUUGGGGCGUCAAACCAAAUGCGGCAUUGCGGAGGAUGACAUUGUAUUUGUAUACUUUUUUCGUUUGCUUUGAUUUUUAUUUCCUUUUUGGUAUUUCAAACUUUUUUUGACUCCGAUAAAUAAUGUACUUUUUUAAUA